AUGCCGAACAACUACCCCAACGCGCCGCAUCCGCACGACCGCUAUGCGUAUCAAUUCGAAGGCAAUAGCGUGCAUUCGUACUCGCACCGCCAUGUGCCCAUGAGGCCCGACUUUGCGCGCUCGCAAACCGUGCCCAGAGCACCCAUGCCCGGCCCUCCCCAUGGCCCCAUGUAUCCCGACCAUGAGCCGGUUGAGCGCAGCUAUCCGUCGCACCACGCGCCUCAUCCCACCUACACACGACAUCACCACUCGUACUACGACGAGCGCGGCCCUCUGCCUCCGCCGCCGCUCCAUCAUCGUCACGCUCCCACUGACGAUCACUACUACGCAUACGAGCGUCGAUCGCCCACCUUGUCGAGUGCACCCCAUCACCAUACCCCCUACGGCUACGGCUACCCUGGCCAUGCGCACCGUCCCGCUCAUCCAUCCGCGCGCCCAUCGCUCCAUCCGCAUCACGGCUCCUUCUCUUCCGCCGGCUCGCCAACUUCGUCCUCGCUCCAUGGCAUGCGCGGCUCCAUCGCGCACUCGCCCAACAUGCCCACCGGCUCGCACCAGCAGCCCACCUAUCGCGGCCACAUCAAGACCACAAAAGACGCCAUCCUGCUGCUUGCUGCGUGUGAUCUUGUCGCCGACGCCGGCGCUCCCGGCAUCCCGCCGCCGCGCCGCGUGACGCGACGUCUGCUCGACUCGGAGCGCGCCGACCUCAUCUGCUCUGGCAGCAUCUUUGUCUGGGACGAGAAGGAGGCCGGCAUGCGCCGCUGGACCGAUGGCAAGUGCUGGUCCGCCAGCCGUGUGAGCGGAUGCUUCCUCACCUAUCGCGAACUCGAGGCACGCAAGAAGCCCUCGUCGUCCAUCACGGGUGGUCCCACGUCGAACCUCUACAAGGCCGAGGGGCUCAUCAAGCAGUCGUUCAGCAUGACCACCACCUCGGGCCGCAAGCUGCACGUCAUCUCGUACUACACCAAGCGAGACGUGCGCGAGGGUCUGCUGCGUCGCGUCAGCGAGGAUCCGCGGUUCGUCGGUGAAAACGGCGGAGAAUGGGGUCUCGAGGUGGACGAGGCCGAAUACCCCGAUCCGAUCAGCCGUGCAGGCGACCUCCCAGCUGGCCUCCACCCCGACGAGCUCGAAGGCUCUCAAUCGCCUCCGGGACCCGCACACGCCGAGCUCGCCGACGUCCGAACAACACGAGGCGAGGCUAAGGCCCACGGCAAGGACGCGGUCUACGCCGAACGCAAAAGGAAUUCGAGCCCAAGGUCGGCGGCGGUGGGCACGCACGCGUCGUUGGACCGCAGCCGCGCUCUGCCCGUGUCGCGAGAGGCGCGCAAUGCGUUGCCGCAGCAGCACGAGAGCGCCGCAAGGCAGAACGUCGCCGGACGUGACGCCGACAGCCACGCCACUCCGUACGGGCGUGUCAAGAGCGAGCCAAACGAGAAGCUCUCGUAUCCGGCCGAGGUCACGCCGCUGCACGAGGCGCGCGGCUUGCUGCCCAUUCGACCCAUCCCCGUUGACUCGAAGCUCGCCUUGCUGCCGCUGCGUCGCGACAGCCACGACUCGGCGCCGGACGCACCGCCGCACCAUGCGCACGAUGCCGGCCAUCUCUACGGUCGCAAGCGCUCCUACCAGGACUUCCGCGGCGCGUCGCGCUAUGAUGAAGCCCAGACGGCCGAGGCGGGUGCGGGCCGACCGAUCCGUCCGCGGCUGCAGCGCAUGCGAAGCUCGAGCAUGAGCCACAGCCAGGGCUCGGCGCAGGACGUGCUGGCGCCCAUCCGAGCGCUCGGACGCGUCAACUCGGACGACGAAGGCGUUUCGAAGCUGCGAUCCACGCACACCGGCACCCCCGGUUUCAAGGAGCAGCAUGAUUCGGCGGUGGGUGCGCUGCUGAGCCUGCGCAGCGGGAGUGGAUCGAGCGACGACUCGUGUCCCUCGAAGCUGUCGCCCGCCACCACGGCUCCCAGCAGCGCCGAUGCCGACGAGGCGAACGCCAAGCCCGCCUUCUCGAGAAUAGACCGCGCCGCGCUCGACCGCUUCAGCGUGCGCAUCUGA